UGGCGCAGAAUGAGGAACGCUCCAGUUGUGGUUUUGUUCGUCGCUAGCCUCAUCACGCUGCCCGCUGCCGCCAACAGCGAUGAGCUGUUGCGUGGAAAGGAAAACUGUUUACGCCACAACGAUUUCCCUAGUCCCAACGAGUGCUGCACGAAACCCGUCUGGAUCAAUCGUUACGCAGUUCGCCGGUGCAUGUUUGUGCACGCGGAAGUCGAUGGCGGCCAGUACCAGCGCGGAUCGUGUGCUGCAAAGUGUGGUCUGUACAAGAUCAACAUGACGAUGACGGAUCGUAUCGAGCGAGUGCGCAUCUUUCGGCCACGCUUGCAGACCCGUGGAGUGGAUGCUUCUUGGAUCCAGGUCGUGCUAGAGGCCCUUCGGACAUGCAAACCGCGUGUCACCCAGCUACAGGGCCGUGUAGUGCGUACCGACGAAGAGAUGGAACAGUGUGAGGUGGCGGAAGAUGUCUUCGGGGAUUGCGUUCACGCUCAGAUGUUCAUACACUGCCCAAGAGCAUCCUGGAUACCAUCGGAGUCUUGUAAUGCCAUGCAGGAGCUGUUGUCCACUGGAUGCCCAUACAAAACGCUCGGCGAGGUGGUAGUGCUGGACGAUGAGGGUCACGUGCGCAACGAACGACCAUACGUGGAAGAUGAUUACGAUCGAGUAUAUCAAGGUGGAAAAGAUCGUCGUCCUCAGCUUGAUUACGAUGACAACGAGCGUGAUGAUGGCUACAGUAAUCGGCAGGGUUCAUACGAUUACUCAAGACGCACGGAUGGACGCCGUAGUUCGACGGAUGGAUACAUCGUUUAGAUGCGAAUAAAUCUCACGCAACACACGGCACCAUUUCUUUUCUUUCUUCAUUUAUUUGUCUCAAUCUGUCUGUAGAUCGAUUUGUUUAUUUUUAAAUUAACUUCAAGUUGAC